AUGGAUAGUAGUCCAAGAUGUCCUUUUGGAUUUUAAACAGAACCAAGCAAUGAUUCUCCUGUGAAGAAAGUUAGUUUUAAGGAAUUUCUUAUUCAAAGAUAGAGUGUUCAUAAAUCAACAUUACCUGCAGUUGUCUAAUAAAAAAAUAAGAGAUGGGAAAAACAAUUAAGUUCUUUAUUAUCACCUGAAAUCAGUUCUUUUAGAUAAGUAUAAUCAAAUUAACAAAUACCUUUAAAUGAAAUAGUGAAAGUUGCUAGAAUCACAAAUACAAAAACUAACAAUGAGUACAAUUUAAUAUUAUUGUAGCAAAGAACAAGAAUUUAAGAAAAUUAAAUCAGAAUCAUUAUCAAUACCAUUACUUAAUAUUCCAAUGAUGCCAACAAAUGGAUUUUUUAAAUUUUAACCCUAACAUCGUAUGAGAAAAACUGGAAUGUAUAGUCUAAGAAAUUGUAAUGAAUAAUUAGAAUAAAUCAACAGAAAAUAAAAGUCAAAUGUUAACAAUUUUUCUCUACCUUAAUUAACACAAGAAGAGAUAAUUACAUAAUUUUUCCAAACGAAAUUUUAAAAGUCAAAUGACAAUGAUGUAAUUCAUGAUUUAUAUAUAAUUUAGGAAUUAUAACAUAAACCAAUUGGAUCUAGUGCAAGAUUAGAUUAUGAGGCAAACAUUCUUUUUACAAAAAUCACUUCUGAUUAUACUUUAUAUUAAAAGUAUAAAGGAAGACAUAUUAAACAUCUAAAAGAAGUUUAUCGUAGUUUAUUAGGUGUAGGAUAUGACAAAGAAAUAAUGAUGGACCCUGGAAGACUAAAAAGCAUUCAUUCCUAAUUAAAUAUAAAAAAUGAUUAGUUUUUAAGAUUUAAAUACUUAUUCAUAAAUUAGUUUCUCGAAAUGGAAACUCCUUUAGAUUUAUUUUUUAAAGGUUGUCAUAAGAUAGAAAGUUUUAAACCUUUAGUUUUAAAUAAGGUAUAUAUAUUAAAAUUUAUUAAUAGCCUUUAGAUUUCGAAAUAUAUGGUUAAGAUGUAGGAAUUAAGAAAAUUACAGAAUCAAUGUAUGAUAAAAUUUUUAAAGAUUACACACUUUCUCCAUAUUUUAUAUUGAUAGAUAAGGAAACUUAGGCUAAAAAAUUCUCUCGUUUAUUUGCAUAAUUGAUUGAUCAUACAGAUUCUCCAAAUUAUACUUUAGAGAUAUUAAGAGAAAGACAUAUUUAAUAUAAUUUAACUUUAGUUUAGUUUGCAAAUUUUAAAUUUUAUCUUUCAAUGACAUUGUAAUAAUAAUAAAUAGGAUUUAAACAUAUAAGAUAAUUAUUAAGAAAAAUGGAUACAUACAAAUAUGCAAUUUUAAAUAAAGAGAGUUUAUAAGAAACAAUAAAUGCAUUUGGAUAUAGAGAAUUUAUUGAUGGAUUAGUAAAAUAAUGUUAAACUGAACCAAUGUUAUAUGAAUUAUUUAAUAAACGUGGUAAAUAUAGAUUUACAGCUCAUUGUGAAAAUAUGAUUCAUUUUUUUUUUCGAGACAAUGUCAAAUCAAUAACAGAUUAAGAUAUUGAAUAAAUACAUAAAUGUAAUGCAAUAAUUUCAGAGAAAGUAUUUUAAAAAAUUAAAGAACAUACAUUUUAAGCUUUAAUGAAAAUAACAAAGGAUUCUCUAAUACUUUCUGAUUUUGAAGAAGAUUGGGAAGAAAUUAAACCAUUUAUACUGAACAGAUCAAAAAAACAAAUUGUAAAAUAAUUGGGAGGAUAAACUUUUAUUAAUAACCUUGCUUCUACUUUGGCAUUUGAAAUGCAAUAAAGACCUCAAUUAAAUAAGGUCUUUGAAGUAAUAUUUUAAAAUAAUUAAUUAUUAUAGGAUAAUGAUACUUGUGUAGCUUAGAAUUUAAGAUGUAAAUUAAAUUUAAUGCUUUAUGGAAUUCAUUUCUAUAAGAAGACAGAGUUAGAAGUACUUCAUAAAAGAUUAAAAAUAACAGAUUAAGUUUAUUUUGAAUUUUAAUAAGUAAAGAUAAAUCAUAAAUAAUUUAGGCAACAAAACACAUUCUUGAAAAUUUUCCUAAAUUGUAAUGGUUAAAUAGAGUAUUGGAAGACUAUAAAAAACAUAUUGUUUCUGAUUUUUGAUGAUAACUUUAAAGCAUAUUUUAUAUCUGAUUAUAAUAAAUAUUUGUAAUAAUUAUAAUAAUGUUUUCUGAAAAAGAACACUCAAAGUCAGUUAAAACUUGUUAAUUCAGAGAAUUUAUAGAACUAUUAUCAACUGAUAGAAAGCAAUUCCCACCAAUCUUAAAUAAAAGAAAAUCCCAGUAAACUCUUGGAAGCAUUAUACACCAUCAUAAUGAAAGUUCAUAACUAAAAGAUAUUCAAUUAGCUUAAAAUAUAAGACAUGUAUAAAAUAAUAAUAUUAUUGAAUAUGCCUCAAGCUUGUCGCAGUUAAGGUUUGAUAGCUAUUUAAACUUAACAUUAAGACUCAGAUAUGAAUUCUAAUAAAUUUAAACAAAUUAUAGAUAGUCCUUCAUAUAAAACCUCAAAUCAUAUAGUUUCUUAUGAAAAAAGUAGUUUUAGUUAACAUUUUCGUAUAACAUCAUAAAGAUCAAGUCCACAGUAAAAAAAAGUGAAUUUAAUACGAAAUCAUUAAUUGUUUGUUGAUUUAGUUAAGGGAACAGAGAAAAUAAAAAAUGAUAUUGGUUGUCCACUUAGUCCUUAACUUUAAAAAUCUUAACAAUAGAUUAUUUCAGGAUAUUUAAAAGAUUUAGCAAAGUAAAUUGAUUUAAUAAAUAUAUAAGAAAAAGACGAGUAGUUUAAAAACCAUAAGGGAUUGAUGCAAGAUUAGAUUUUGAAACUGAAUUGAUUUAUGCAGCCUUAACUUAGGAUUGUGAUUUAGCAAAAAAGUUUUAAAAUAGAUAAGGAAAUCAUGUAAAAUAAAUCUUUAGAAAUAUUUUGGCAACAGGAUAUGAUCAAUAAAUUUAUUUAGAUUUAAAUAGGAUAAGAAGUAUUCAUUUGGGAUUGAAUUUAAAAAAUUUUCAUUUCUUUAGAUUUAAAUAUCAUUUUAUGAAUAGAUUUAUGUAAAUGGGAAUACCUGUAGAAUAAUUAUUCAAAUGUUGUGAAAGAAUUGAAAAUGUUAGACCUUAUAUUUUAAAUGAAAAAAUGGAAUAUGAUGUUUAUGGUGGUUAAGAUGGUAUUGAAUUAUGUGCAAAUUAAAUGUAUGCCAAAAUUUUUGCUGAUAUUACAUUGGAAUAUUAUUUUGUAGGUAUAGAUAGAGCAACUUAAGCAUCUAAAUUUGCAAAAUUAUUCUUUUAAUUGAUUUAUCAUAUGGAUUCUCCAAAUUAUACUAAUGAAGUUUUAAGGGAGAGACAUGUAAAAUAUGAAUUAACUAAUGUUUAACUUACAAAUUUUAAAUUUUAUCUUGCAUUAACUUUAUAAGAAUUAUAAGUUCCAUUUAAAUAUGCUAGUGCAUUACUUAGAAGAAUGGAUAUUUAUAAAUAUGCUGUUAUAAAUAAAAAUAGUCUUUAAGAUUAUAUAUGUAAUUAUGGUUAUAAUUAAUUUAUUGAUUAAUUUGUAAGAAGUUGUUUAGAAGAACCAGUUUUAUAUGAUUUGAUAUAAAGAAGAGGUAAAGCAAAAUUUACAGGUCAUUGUGAAAAUAUAUUCCAUUACUUUUUUAGAUAUAAUGUAAAAGCAAUUACUUUAGAUGAUCUUGAGGAAAUUCAUUAUCACAAAACUAUAAUUACUGAAAAGAUAUUUAUGAAAUUAAAGGAAAAGGCUAUGGCUGAAGUUGCAAAACUUACAAAUGAUCGUAUUGUUUUAGAAGACUUUGAUGAAGAUUGGGAUGAAAUAAAACCUUUAAUAUUGAGUGAUCCUAGAAUGUCUUUCCUUAAAACAAAGGAUAGAGAUCUUUUGAUAAAUGAAUUAGCAUAUAAUUUAGAGAAUGAAUUUUAUUCUAGAUAAUUGAAUGUGAUUUAUGAGGUAUUGAUAAUAAAUAAAUAAUAUUAUAGACUGAAGAAAUUAAUAUGAUGAGAAAUAUCAAAAGCAAAUUAAAUCUUUUAGUGUAUACUAUAAAAUUUUUUAAGAGGACAGAUUUAGAAGUAAUUCAUAGAAGAUUUAGAAUAAGUGAAAGUUAAUAUUUCGAUUUUUAAUAAAGUUUUAAAUCACUUUUAGAGAGAAUUCCAGAACUUCAUUAUAUUCAUGGAUUAUUAGAAGAAUAUAAAAAAUAUAUUGUUUCGGAUUGA